AUCCACUGUCGUCCUCUUCUGCAUUGUACCUGACUUGCCAUUUUGCACACAUACCGACGUGCCCACACGCUGAGUCCUUUCCGCCGUGCCCGUCAUCUCGCCGUCGCACACAGCUCCGCGUGCUUGAGCCAACCAAGAGCACGCACAUUACACCACGCCACAGUUCGACGAACGGCCUACCAGCGUACUCUUGCUGUUCGUUCGCAUCUCGAAGCCAUCCGUUCGGUCACCCUCUCGCGAUGGCCGCAAUGUCGAACCCUAUGCAGCCCACUCCCGGCGGAGGCGGAGCAGGUCCUUUGCCAGCCCACGCAGCCAUGAAUCCCGCUUCCGCAGCAGCUGCAGCGGCAGCAGCCUCCGCUCACUCGAACCCAGACUUGGACAAGCAACGCGUCGCCCUGAUCCUCGACAUUAACUCGCACCUUCUCGAGACAAUCCAAGCGCUGCAGGCCAGCGGCAAAGGAGGUGACGUGCAGUCGCAGUCGAAUGCGUCCGCACCGGGUUCGGCCUCUCCAGAUGGUAGCGGCGCCGGUGCAGAGCACAAGAAGCCGUCGCGCGAAUACGUCGAGCCCCUCCGUCGCAUGCAAGCCAACCUCGCUUACUUGGCCUCCCUCGCCGAGCGCCAUCAGAAGCCCAAUGCUACUCCCUCCAACGCACCACCCUGGCCACAGAUCAUGACUGCUCCGCCGGGCGACGAGAAGCUCGCAGCGAUGUACAACCGCCUGCAGUCCUUGUUUCCCCAGUGGAAGGUUCACCAGCAGCAGAUGCUGCAGGCUGCCCAGGCCCGCCAGGCCGCGUCCGGCGCCCAGCACCUACAGCAAGCCGGUGCCAUGCCCGUUCCAAAUGCCAUGGUUGCAGCCCAUGCGCCCGGUUCGGUCGGUCCAGCAGCUGGCGAUACCACAAAUAUGGGUUGAAAUGCCUUGUUCUCAUAUUUUUCUUCUAUAUUGUUCUCCUAUGCGGACUCCGAGUCCCCAUCCACACUUCUACCUUAUGCUCUCCUCCUUCCCUUCGCUCUCGCAUUGGGCGCCUCGGGAAGACGAUGUUCAUCUCCUUCCAAGCAUCAUUACCGUACCACACAAUCGAUUGUCUUCCUCGCUACAUGCAGCAGCUGUGAGGCGGUCGAACAUUGGCUAUCGAUCCGUAAAUGCUCUUGGGCUAUUGCUUCUCUCCCAGACGAGCGAAAACGCAUUCUCUGGUGCGAAAGCAUGGAGCAGCGUCCUCCAUAUUACGAUAGGGGAAAUGACGUCGAAAACGUCCUCUUAACGCUACUGCGGUAUCGACUCGAGCGUUUCCGCAUUGUUGUCACCUGGCAGGCCUUGAUCAAAAGGCACGAGCUGGAGACCCCCCUGCCGCCGUACACUGUCGAUGCGGCUUUCGUCGACAAAGCUGGCUGACGACUUCAGAGUCGUGUUGGGAAUCAGGUCUAAAUCGUGGGCUCCGCGCAACCGGGCCCGUCGCUACGUCUAGCUCGGGAUGGGCAGAGAUUAGGUUGAACUGCUCGAGAGGAUGACGGACGUGACGGAUGAAAUUGGCAUGCUUCCGUUGAUGAGUUAUCCAGAGUGACUGAUGCUCGUGAGCGUCGGCCGCACAAGACAAACAAUUGGGAUACAUUGGGCUCUGAAACGGCAGCUGCCAUUAGUACUUUCAGUAGUAGUCGUAGUAGUACAGCAGGUGCAAUAGUAACGAUACUAGUCGCGGCAGAAGCAGCGUCGUCAUCUGGCCCCAAUUCAUCCAUGUCUCAGUCCA